ACACUGCAUAAAAGGCUCAGUGCUGUACAACUUUACAUGUGGUCAAGAAUAAAUUAGUCUCUGGCUUGCUACUGACUCCAGCUCCUUCCUUGGGCUCCCAACAGAAGAGCUGAGUGAUAGAAAAAGCUAACAAUUACCUGAACCGAAGCUCUUCAACAACAAAAGCUCAUCUUUUUAGAGACAUGAAAGCUGUGAUUGGACUGCAGUUGAUGCUGAUAGGAGUCUGUUGUGGUGUGGAAUCUUCCUGCAAUGCCAGAAAGAAGGACGUUCGUUGUUUUGGAGCCUUAGGAGGAACAGUGAACCUUCGGAUAAUGGAUACGGCCACAACACUACCUGAAUUCAUUUGGGCCAAGCAACGCUCACAGUUAUUCCACUGGAUGUCCCAAAAGAUUGUAGCUCGUACAGAGGACAAUAGAUUUAGCUUUUUUCCACAUAAUGGAAUAGUUAAGAUCACUAACCUUAGAAGGCACGACAGCGGUUUAUAUCAACUUGUUGUGUUCAAGGAAGGUCGAAAGCGCAAAGUUAUAAGAACUUUGAAGCUUUUUAUUGAAGCUCCUGUGUCAUCUCCGUGGCUAGAUUCUCAAUGUAUGAUGUCUGGAAUGAAGAGGUUUAUCUGCUUUUCUCAGAAACAGGGCAACUAUUUCUGCAAGUGGACUAUGAAUAGAAAACCUCUGAAAAACUCUAAGUACUUCUCUGGAUAUGCUAACAAAAUGUCUAAGCCCUAUUAUGGACAUGAUAAGACUUGCAGCAUUUAUUUGCUACCAAAGGCAAUAGGUCAUCUGGGCUGCUUUCUCCAGAAUCACAUAAGUUAUUCCUUCAUACAGAUGUGGAUAAUAAACACCUGUGCCAUAGAAAGAUGGUAUUUUCAGCUCCCAAAAAAGAAGAAAGGGGCAAACAAACCAACAGUCCCACGAAAACCGUCUAAAAACAAAAAGGGUCAGAAAAAAAACCCAAAAGUGCCACCAAAACCGUCUGCAAAAGAGACGUAUGGGGUAACAACACCAACAGUCCCGCCAAAAACGUCUUUUAAUUCUUCAUUGUCAACUCAGUCUCCAAAAGAAAAGGAUGAGGUUCAAAAACCAACAGUCCCACCAACACCGUCUCUAGAAAAGAACGAUGGGGCAGAAAAACCAACAGUCCCAGCAAACCCGACUUUUAAUCCUUCAUUGUCAACUCAGUCUCCGAAAGAGAAUGAUGGGGCAGAAAAACUAACUGUCCCACCAACACCGUCUCCAAAAGAGAAGGAUGGGGCAAAGAAACCAAAGGUGCCACCGAAAACGUCUCCAAAAGAAAAGGAUGAGGUUAAAAAACCAACAGUCCCACCAACACCAUCUCCAGAAAAGAACGAUGGGGCAGAGAAACCAAAGGUGCCACAAAAACUGUCUCCGAAAGACAAUGAUGGGGCAGAAAAACCAACAGUCCCAGCAAAACCGACUUUUAAUCCUUUAUUGUCAACUCAGUCUCCGAAAGAGAAUGAUGGGGCAGAAAAACCAACUGUCCCACCAACACUGUCUCCAAAAGAGAAGGAUGGGGCAGAGAAACCAACUGUCCCACCAAAACCGACUUUUAAUCCUUCAUUGUCAACUCAGUCUCCGAAAGAGAAUGAUGGGGCAGAAAAACCAACUGUCCCACCAACACUGUCUCCAAAAGAGAAGGAUGGGGCAGAGAAACCAACUGUCCCACCAACACCGUCUCUAGAAAAGAACGAUGGGGCAGAGAAACCAAAGGUGCCACCGAAACCGUCUCCAAAAGAAAAGGAUGAGGUUAAAAAACCAACAGUCCAACCAACACCGUCUCCAGAAAAGAACGAUGGGGCAGAGAAACCAAAGGUGCCACAAAAACCGUCUCCAAAAGAGCAUGAUGGAGCAGAAAAACCAACAGUCCCACCAAAACCGGUUCCAUCUGAGAAACCCACAGGGAUCUGAAGACCUGAGGUAGGUGGGCUUGGGAAAAUAAGCGGACCAAAUCUUCCUGAAGACCAUACCCCCACGCUGAGUCUUCAUCUCCCAACCUCCAGCAUCCUCAGAUCCAAGCUCAUUCAUCCCUCCAUCCCCUUCCUGCAAUAAAUGUUUAAACUUACACAUUUGUGGCAUGGAACUCAGGCAUAUCCUGGGAGUUAAUUAUUCUGACUGCCUUCCUUUUAAUAAUGACUGAGGAUUCUCAAAUAUAUAUAUGUAUAGUAUGUAAACUGUGUAUUUCUAAUUAAUAUAUUUAAAUAUCUAGUUUCAACUGUUUCAAUUAUAAAUCUGCUGCUCACAUAUUCAUGCACCACGGCUUGGACACAGACACACACAUUUACAUGUUGGAAACACAUUGUCGGCCAUUGCAUAAGUGAUGAGAGCUUUAUUGGUGUUUUUGUUUGAACGUGUCUUUGGCUGCUUGCAACACAGUUUUACAUUUAUGUUGGACAAAGUGUUUGC